AUGGUUUCCAGAACAAGGAACUUUAGAUCUAAAAAAAGACUGGAAAAGAAUUGGCAAGGAACUAAAGCAGGUAGGAAGGGUAAUAUCAUUCCACUUACAGUAUGGAAUGAUUGGGCCAUUAUUAAAGCAGCUUUAGAACCAUUUCAAAGAGAAGAAGAUAGUGUUUCAGUUUCUGAUGCCCCUGGAAGCUGUGUAAUCGAUUGUAAAGAAAAGACAGGGAAAAAAUCCCAGAAAGAAAUGAAAAGUUUACAUUGCGAAUAUGUAGCAGAGCCAGUAAUGGCUCAGUCAACGCAAAAUGUUGACUAUAAUCAAUUACAGGAGGUGAUAUAUCCUGAAACAUUAAAAUUAGAAGGAAAAGGUCCAGAAUUAGUGGGGCCAUCAAAGUCUAAACCACGAGGACCAAGUCCUCUUCCAGUAGGUCAGAUGCCCAUAACAUUACAACCUCAAACGCAGGUUAGAGAAAAUAAGACCCAACUACCAGUAGUUUAUCAAUACUGGCCGCCGGCCAAACUUCAGUAUCGGCCACCCCCAGAAAGUCAGUAUGGAUAUCCAGGAAUGCUCCCAGCACUACAGGGCAGGGCGCCAUACCCUCAGCCACCCACUAGCAGACUUAAUCCUACGGCACCACCUAGUAGACAGGGUAGUGAAUUACAUGAAAUUAUUGAUAAGUCAAGAAAGGAAGGAGAUACUGAGGCGUGGCAAUUCCCAGUAACGUUAGAACCGAUACCACCUGGAGAAGGAGCCCAAGAGGGAGAGCCUCUCACAGUUGAGGCCAGAUACAAGUCUUUUUCGAUAAAAAUGCUAAAAGAUAUGAAAGAGGGAGUAAAACACUAUGGACCCAACUCCCCUUAUAUGAGGACAUUAUUAGAUUCCAUUGCUCAUGGACAUAGACUCAUUCCUUAUGAUUGGGAGAUUCUGGCAAAAUCAUCUCUCUCACCCUCUCAAUUUUUACAAUUUAAGACUUGGCGGAUUGAUGGGGCACAAGAACAGGUCUGAAGAAAUAGGGCUGCCAAUCCUCCAGUUAACAAAGAUGCAGAUCAACUAUUAGGAACAGGUCAAAAUUGGAGCACUAUUAGUCAACAAGCAUUAAUGCAAAAUGAGGCCAUUGAGCAAGUUAGAGCUAUUUGCCUUAGAGCCUGGGAAAAAAUCCAAGACCCAGGA